GCCCGGUAAUCAACCACCGGAAGUGCCGGCCCUGAGAGGCGGAGUCCUGGUAGCAGCGGCGACGGUUGCCAGGAGCCCGCGUUGCCGCCUGAGGUCCGUAAUAUGGCGGGGAGGAGGAGGAGAAGGCGGCGGCGGACCGUGCUGCGCUCUGUCAGUACCAUUUGAGCCAUUCGCUUCCUGACAAGGCCCGUGACGAGGAGAGAGGAGCUGAAGGGGCUUUGGGGGAUCAGUGUGAUUGUGAAAAGAUGGAGGAGUAUGAGAAGUUCUGUGAAAAAAGUCUUGCCAGAAUACAAGAAGCAUCAAUAUCCACAGAGAGCUUUCUGCCUGCUCAGUCUGAAAGUAUCUCACUUAUUCGCUUUCAUGGAGUGGCUAUCCUUUCUCCACUGCUUAACAUUGAGAAAAGAAAGGAAAUGCAACAAGAAAAGCAGAAAGCACUUGAUGUGGAAGUAAAAAAGCAGGUUAACAGGAAGAAAGCUUUACUGACUCGUGUCCAGGAGAUUCUUGACAAUGUUCAGGUUAGAAAAGCACCUAAUGCCAGUGAUUUUGAUCAGUGGGAGAUGGAAACGGUGUACUCUAAUCCAGAAGUCAGAAACUUGAAUGUUCCUGCUACAUUUCCAAAUAGCUUUCCAAGCCAUACUGAACACUCUACUUCAGCAAAGCUUGAUAACAUAGCCCGGAUUUUGCCAUUGGAUAAUGAGGACCAGUGUAAAACUAAUGGAAUAGACUUAGCUAGAGAUUCAGAAGAAUUUAAUUCUCUGAAGCAAUGUGAUAGUUCCAAUAUUGGUCAUGUAGAAAAUGAAGCUUUUCCAAAGACCUCUUCAGCAACCCCACAAGAGACUCUUAUUUCUGAUGGUCUCUUCUCAAUAAAUGAAUCACAGGAUCCACUACUUUUGGCAGAAGUCACCCCAGAUCCCUAUGUAAUAAGUCUUCAGAAUCUGAUGAAAAAGUCAAAGGAAUAUAUAGAAAGAGAACAAUCUAGACGCAGUCUGAGAGGUAGUACAAAGAGAAUUGUUAAUGAGAGUCAUUCAGACAAAGAAAAUGAUGCUGUUAAAGUGGCUGACUGUGUUAAAGAGAAGGCCCAGUUGACAGGCAAACACUGUGUCUCAGUUAUUCCUGACAAACCAAGCCUUAAUAAAUCAAAUGUUCUUCUCCAAGGUGCUUCCACUCAAGCAAGCAGCAUGAGUAUGCCAGUUUUAGCUAGCUUUUCGAAAGUGGACAUACCUGUACAAACUGGCCAUUCCACUGUUCUAGAACCUAAUUCUGAUUUUAAAGUUAUUCCCACCUUUGUUACUGAAAAUAAUGUUAUCAAAAGUCUUACAGGUUCUUAUGCCAAAUUACCUAGUCCGGAGCCAAGUAUGAGUCCUAAAAUGCAUCGAAGGCGUUCCAGGACAUCAUCAGCAUGUCAUAUACUUAUAAAUAACCCAGUAAAUGCCUGUGAAUUAAGCCCUAAAGGAAAAGAACAGGCAAUGGACUUAAUUGUUCAUGAUACUGAUGAAAAAACAAAUGUGCCCGAAAUUGUGCCAAAGUUACCCAUUGAUUUAGCAAGCGUUUGUUCAAGCAAGGCUUAUGUAGGCAAAAAUACAUCUGAAGUCAUAGAAGAUAUGGUUUUAGGUAAGUCAAAUCAGGUAUGUCAAUCUUCAGGAAAUUAUUUAGAAAAUAAAGUUACUCAUGGACUUGUUACUGUGGAAGGUCAGUUAACAUCCAAUGAGAGAGCUGCACACAAAAUAAACAGUACCUGUGCUGCGACGCCAAAGCUGCAUGAACCAUAUGCCAGCAGUCAGUGCAUAGCAAGUCAAAACUUUGGAACUGUGAGUGGACUCAAGCCAGCCAGUAUAUCAGACAAAAACUGCAGUUUACAAACAGAACUGAAUAAGUCUUAUGAUGUAAAAAAUCCUUCUCCUUUACUAAUGCAAAACCAGAAUACGAAACAGCAGAUGGACACACCUACGGUGUCGUGUGGAAAUGAACCAUUUUUGGAUAACAGUUUUGAGAAAGUUAAACGGAGACUUGAUUUGGAUAUUGAUGGUUUGCAAAAAGAAAACUGCCCUUAUGUCAUAACAAGUGGAAUAACUGAACAAGAAAGGCAACAUUUGCUAGAAAAAAGAUACACCAAGGGACCUGUCUUCAUUAACAAGAAUAAAAUGUUAGAAACCAGUUCCAAAGAAAGCGAGGAGUUACUAAAAAGCAAGAUGUUAGCUUUUGAAGAAAUGCGGAAGAGACUAGAAGAACAGCAUGCUCAGCAGUUAUCACUACUCAUAGCUGAGCAGGAAAGGGAACAGGAAAGAUUGCAAAAGGAAAUAGAAGAACAGGAGAAAAUGUUAAAAGAGAAGAAGGCAAUGACAGCGGAAGCCUCCGAAUUGGACAUUAACAAUGCAGUGGAGUUAGAAUGGAGAAAAAUAAGUGACUCCAGUCUGCUGGAAACAAUGCUGUCUCAAGCGGACUCACUCCAUACUUCAAAUUCAAAUAGUUCUGGUUUCACAAAUUCGGCCCUGCAAUAUAGCUUUGGUUCUGCAAAUGAAUCACCAUUCUACCUCUGGGGAUCAUCAGCUGGUGGCUUAACCAAACUCUCAGUAACAAGGCCUUUUGGAAGAGCCAAAACUAGAUGGUCUCAAGUUUUUAGUCCGGAAAUACAAGCAAAAUUUAGCAAAAUAACUGCAGUGGCAAAAGGAUUUCUUACUCGUAGACUUAUGCAGACAGAUAAGCUGAAGCAACUUCGACAAACUGUAAAAGAUACUAUGGAAUUCAUAAGAAGUUUUCAGUCAGAGGCACCAUUAAAGAGAGGUGUUGUUUCAGCUCAGGAUGCUUCACUUCAGGAAAGAGUGUUAGCUCAGUUGCGAGCUGCCCUGUAUGGUAUUCAUGACAUAUUCUUUGUAAUGGAUGCAGCUGAAAGAAUGUCUAUUCUACAUCAUGAUCGAGAAGUUCGCAAAGAGAAAAUGCUCAGGCAAAUGGAUAAAAUGAAAAGUCCACGAGUGGCACUUUCAGCUGCAACACAGAAGUCUCUGGAUAGGAAGAAAUACAUGAAAGCUGCUGAAAUGGGAAUGCCAAAUAAGAAAUUUCUGGUUAAACAAAAUCCUUCUGAAACAAGAGUCCUUCAGCCAAACCAAGGACAGAAUGCACCUGUUCAUAGGCUACUUAGUAGACAAGGAACCCCUAAGACAUCAGUGAAGGGGGCUGUGCAAAAUAGACAGAAGCCUUCACAGAGCAGAGUGCCUAACAGAGUGCCUGUUUCAGGAGUAUAUGCAGGAAAAAUCCAAAGAAAGCGGCCAAAUGUUGCGACAAUUUAAGAAGACAACAUUCAUUAGGAUAAAAUGGGGGAGGAUUAUUAUCCAUGUUAUUUUCCCGGCCCAAGACUUUAUUUAACUCUGGACUCUGUUUACACAGACAAAGUGACGUCAGAAGGCUGAGCACUUAUCUGGAUCAUUUGGUCAGUUUGCUAAUUCCUGUUCCACACCCCUGUGUUCCUCUUAAUAAUAAGUUUGGGUGAAGAAAAAUUAGUGUUUAGUAAUUGCAUCAUCUCUGUGCUUACCUAUACAAACAUAAGUUUGUUUUAUGUGCCCAGAUGUCUACAGAGACCCUUUUUGUAAACAUAAAGGACAUUUGGGUUUACUUUUACAGAAUAUUGAAAGGAUAUGACAAAUUAUAAAUAGGUUCUAAAACGUAAAUUUCAUUCAUCUCUGCAUAGUGAUUUUUGAAUUUGAUUCAAGGGGAAAUUAUUGCAGAAGAAUGCCUUUCCCUGAUUUUAUAACUUUAAAAACUUGGAUUAACCGCUCAAUGUCCACAUUCUUUGACUUACAGUAUAACCAUAUAGCCAAUUGUGGUCCACUAAAAUGACCCACAGAAGUUGCUGUGGGUCACUUUUGGUCAGAAGUAUACAUUCCUGUCAACAACUAAUUGUCUUACAGAAAUGUUAGGCUUCAUGUAUGUUACCCCAGUACUGUUAGAAACAUUUAUACUGGAUCAUAAGAUCUUUCUGGCUGGGUACCAUGGCUCAUGCCUGUAAUCCCAGCACUUUGGGAGGCCAA